UAGUUAUACACGGAAGGACGCUUCCUUGUUGGUUUGGGGAUGGCGGUUGCUUCUGUUGGUCCCGGGCUGCCUACCCCUGCAGUUGGGCCGGGAGCAGGCCCAGGCCCAGUGGAGGGGGCGGACGUGCUCUUCGUGGCAUUAAGCGCCGGUUUCACGUCCCUGAGCCAUCCGCUGCUCUAUGUGAAGCUCCUUGUCCAGGUCGGGCAUGAACCUUUGCCUCCAACCAUUGGGAGAAACUUGUUGGGGAGAAAAGUAUUAUACCUACCCGGCUUUUUUACAUAUGCCAGACACAUUGUGAGAGUAGAUGGGAAAAAAGGCUUGUUCCGUGGCCUUACACCUCGAAUCAUCUCUAGCACUUUAUCAACUGUAACUCGAGGGCGAAUAAAGAAGGCUUUUCCUUUGGAGGAUAUGGAGCAUGUUUCAAACAAGGAUGAUGUGAAAACUUCCCUCAGGAAAGUGGUGAAAGAGACCUCCCAUGAGAUGAUGAUGCAGUGUGUAUCCCGGGUUAUCUCCCAUCCACUGCAUGUAAUCUCUAUGCGUUGUAUGGUCCAGUUUGUAGGACGGGAAGUUAAAUAUGGGGGUAUAUUGAGUUCCAUUGGGACAAUUUUGAAAGAAGAAGGGUUUUCGGGAUUCUUCGUGUACUAUCUCCACCAAGAAAAAAUGUAUCAUUCCAGAGGUUUAAUUCCACAUAUUCUAGGUGAUGUUAUUUUCCUAUGGUGCUGCAACCUUCUGGCUCACUUCAUUAACACUUAUGCAGUAGAUGACAACUUCAACCAAGCCUCUGUGAUCCGGAGUUACACCAAGUUUGUGAUGGGGAUUGCUGUGAGCAUGCUGACAUACCCUUUUCUUCUUGUGGGAGAUCUCAUGGCAGUGAACAACUGUGGUUUACGUGCUGGCCUCCCUCCAUAUGCUCCUGUGUUUUCCUCUUGGAUUCAUUGUUGGAGACAUUUCAGUGCUCAGGGGCAGCUGUUCAGAGGCUCCAGCUUGCUUUUCCGUAGAGCAUCCCCAUCAGCUACCUUCCUUUUUGAUUAAUCUCAUCAGGAAUGGGGGAGGCAAGCAAACUGAUAUAGAAGAAACACUUACAAACUUGCUUUGACAUUUUUUAAUUUUUGAAGUCAAAUAUGAAGAUCAAGAUUUUCUUCUCCCCAGCAGGUUGGAUUGGCUUUCUAACUGCACUGGGGCAACCAUAUAACUGUAAGAUUUUGCCAGUCAGAGGAAAGGGGCAGCUUUUCUUAGCUAGAACUUAACCUUUCUCCUGGGGUAGUGGAGGCGCAAGUUGGGGAAGCAAUAGACAAGACUGUGCACCUGUUCCAUUAGCAGUCAGGCCUCAGGAACAGAGAGCAGUUGUCUCUAGGAGACAAGGGGCAUAGUUGUCCAGAUGAUUCUGCUCUGUAUCAUAGAUCAUGUAUGUUGCUAUUCUAGAAGGAAAUUUGAUAGAUACAUGAGCUGUAUUGAUGCAGCAUUUUAAUCCAUCCUAGAAUAUUGUUGUCUCAGCUUUUAAAUGCAUGUUUUAGAUGUGCUUUUCAUCAGUUAAAUGAACUAAAGAUCCCACAAUUGAUGAUCAGUGAUGGUUUCUGAAGUAUAGUAGCUUUUUGUAGUUAUAAUACUAUGGGGAAUGUCUUAACAGGGUUGUGACACAAUCAGACAGGUUCAGGUGCUGCUAUGAACAGAUGUGUAAUGAUUUGCCCCAUCCUACUCACCCUGGUGUUUAUUUGUUGUAUUAUGUGUACUUGUGGAUGUAUUACACAAUAACUCUAAAUGCAUUUGUUUUAACUUCAACAAAGCUUGGAAAUGCUUUCUGGGACCCGAGCAAGUGUGUUAAAUUUAGUAAUGUUGCAUACAGUUAAGUGAGAGAUAACUGCCUUGCCUUUCUUCUGCAUUCUUGGUGGCCCAAGAAGAAACUGUCAUCAGCACUUUAUAUCUGGAAAACUGCAGUAAUUCCUUAAAGGAAUGUGGUCACAUUUUCCAAAUUUGGUAUCCCUAGUCUUUUUGCUUCUGGACAUUGACACUUAACUGGAUAAAUUUGUUAUGAACCUUAGAGAUCUCAUCUGUAUAGCAUAUAUGCACACGUAUUGGGCAGAUUGUGAAAUAACUCUUGUGGAACCUGAGGUAAUAGUUGUCUCUUUAACCCUUUAACUCACCAUCACUUUGAUGCUGUUUUAUGUUAAAGGUAAAUGCAUGGUCUGUUUUUGUAAUGGAUUUAAUUACAAGAUAAUUCAACUUUACUCUGAAAUAAAAUUAUGAAAAUA